UCUUGACAGAUGGCACAUGAGAGAGUAGUCACAUCCAAGCAAGGGUCUUGGGAGGUAUCAAAUGAGAGAGUAGUCAGGACCAGGAAAGGGUCUUGGCAGGUGGUACAUGAGAGAUCAGCCAGGUCCAGGCAAGGGUCUUGGCAGGUGGCACAUGAGAGAUCAGCCAGGUCCAGGCAAGGGUCUUGACAGAUGGCACAUGAGAGAGUAGUCACAUCCAAGCAAGGGUCUUGGGAGGUAUCAAAUGGGAGAGUAGUCACAUCCAGGCAAGGGUCUUGGCUGGUGGCACGUGAGAGAAUAGUCACGUCCAGGCAAGGGUCUUGGCAGGUAUCAAAAAAGAGAGCAUUCAGGUCCAAGUAAGGGUC